GUUGGCUGUCAUGACAUGAGAUGAUAAAAAGUCCUGGCUUGCACCGUCAGAUCCAUCAGCAGUUAGUUCAGGACUGAGGAACACACAGCAAGAGAGUAGCUUUGGAACAAACUCUAACAUCUGAGAAUUAAAAAUUAUCAGUGGCUGCUCAUUAGACAGAAACUUCAACUACUUUUUAUAGUGUUGUCAGAUUAUUUUUUAUUUUUAAUCAAACAGCAACCGUGAGUUACAGCUGAGAUGACCCUCCUAAGGAAAAAGCAACCUGGGAGGUCUGGACUGAUGCUCAGCUGCUUCCUGCUCUGGAUGUCUCUGCAGCCAGAUUCCCGUAAUCAUGUGUCAGCAGUCAACAUGCGGCAUUUAAUUGGUUGUGCAGUUCGGGAGUUUACUUUCCUGGCCAGGAAGUCCGGAUGCGGCAGCCUGCACAUCACCACCGAUGCCUGCUGGGGGCGCUGUGAGACCUGGGAGAAACCGGUUCUUGAACCUCCGUUCAUCGAGUCCUACCAGCAGGUUUGUACCUACAACAGGACUCGUCUGGUCACUGUGAAACUACCCAACUGCCAGCCCCAUGCGGACUCCACCUACACCUAUCCUGUGGCCCUGAGAUGUGACUGUGGGGUCUGUCUGACAAGCACCACUGAAUGCAUAACAUCUGUGUGAAGAGAGGGUACAUUUAGCUUUAUUUACUAUUUACCACAAUUUAGAGCCAUGUUCUUGUUUGGCUCAGUACCAGCCAAAUAAAUCAGUUUAAAGCCACGUGUCUUCAGAAAGUUGAAUUUCAUAUCUUUUAUAAAUGAAAUAAAUCAGAUUCCUUAUCUUUCUGAUUCUCUUAGAAAGUGAAACAAGGGGAAAACAGUUAUCUGUCCAUUUCACAUUUAUUAUUAUGGCUCUGAACAUUUUAAUUCAAAUAU